CUUCGUCCCGCCUAUUCAACUGCAUCCAUUUUGCAGAAAAGUACAAUAGUUUUACUUUUUCCUCUGGCAGCUGCCGUGACGCCGACUUUGUGGUGCUCCUGACCAAGAAAGUUCUGCUCUGAGUUGCUUACUCCGCGUUACUGCUGAGCGCUCGUUACAAACUUCCCCACAAGGAGUGGGGAGGGAGUUCUGCGUGAGGAAGCUAAUCGGUCCACCACUACCCUACUCCCCCUCCCGACAACCCCUCUCCCAGCUUGUCAGCCUCUCGACUCUUCUGCUGAGAUGAAAGUGAUUCACUGCACUCUGCUGUUACUGAACGAGAUUCUCAUCUCACUCCAAGGUGAUUUUAUCCUACUUGUACCCGAUGAGCCUUUUGUAGCAAUUGCAGGUGAAGAUGUCGUACUGGAUUGUGUGAUGCUCCCACCAACCUCUGCCAGCAAUACGACAGUGCAGUGGCUGAAAUCAGGUCUCAGCUCACCCAUCCACGUGUACAGACAUGGACAAGAUGACCCCCUCGCCCAACACCAGGAUUACAGAGGAAGGACAGAACUGUUUAAAGAUGAAAUUACCAAAGGAAAUAUUUCCCUCAGAAUAAAGAACGUAAGGCCAGACAAUGAAGGGCAAUAUACAUGUUCAGUUGAAGACAGAACUGACUUCAAACAAUCUACAGUUGAACUGCAUGUUCACAGUUUGGGGAGCGAACCUCGGAUUCAGAUGAAGGGAUACCAUGGAGCGGGAAUCCAGCUUGUGUGUAAAUCCAGUGGAUGGUAUCCUGAACCAGAGAUCCAGUGGAUCAGUGGGGAUGGGAAUGCAUUAACAGAGGCUGAGACAAAGUACCACAAAGACUCGGGUCUUGUAAAUGUUGAGAGCAGUGUUGGAGUAACGAGUCAAUCAUCAGGCAAACUGAAGUGUAUUAUCAGGAGUCAACGUUUGAAAACAGAACAUAUGGCAAUUAUUACAAUAUCAGAUGAUCUCUUCCUUGCUGUUCCUGAAUGGGUCCUGCCACUGGUCGUCACCAUUUGUGUUGUAAUUGCUGCAAACUCCACUGUGAUUUAUUGGAAUGUGAAACAAAACAGACGCAUAAAAGAGCUGGAACUUCAGAAAUUCAUCGUAGAAUCUGAGUGGAAGAGGAUACGUGGCCAUGAAGUCUCUGUCACCCUGGAUGUGGAAACGGCGCAUCCGCUGCUCGAGGUGUCUGAGGAUCGGAAGAGUGUGAGACGGACCGGGACCCGGAGGAAUCUCCCUGACACCGGGAAGAGGUUCACAUACUGGCCUUGUGUGCUGGGAUCGGAGGGAUUCACAUCGGGGAGACAUUACUGGGAGGUGGAGGUGACGGGGAAUCGGUGGUGGUGUCUGGGAGUCGCCGCAGAGUCUGUGGAGAGGAAGGGAUCGGUCACACCGAGUCCGGAGACCGGAUUCUGGAUCAUCGGGCGGGAUGGUGACGAGAUGAAGGUUCUCACCUCCCCUGAGUCCCGUCUCCCUGCCGGUCCCAUCCCCGGGAGGGUGGGAGUUUAUCUCAGUUACGAGUCCGGGACAGUUUCAUUUUACAACGCGGAGACCAAGUCCCAUCUCCACACCUUCAAUGGGAAUAAAUUCACGGGGAAACUUUAUCCUUUCUUCUGGACUGUAUAUACAAACGAGCGGCUGAGAAUCUGCUCCGGUUCCGCUCCGGGUCUGUAAACGGGUCGGGUCCGGGACCGGCGUCAGGAGUAAGUCAGUGUAAAUAUAAAUGUGCGGAGAGUGAAAUAAACACGAUGUGAGAAUUAUCCAUCCAUUAAUUUUAACUC